AUCAACGAUCCCGCUCCCGGGAGACCACUUUCAGAAUUGGCUAGGACCAUCCAAUAAAAAAAGACACUGUUCAUGAGACUGAACCAAUCAAAUUGCAAUAAAAAUAGUCGGUAUUAGUGAAACAGUGACUACAUAAUUGGUCUGGAUCACAGCAGGAAAUGAGAAGUUUUGUGGUGAUACAUUUAUUUCAAGCAUGGAUUCAGUUAUAAGCAGACAAUCACGUUAUCGAAGAGCAAACAGAUACACCUUGAAGUUAGUAUGACAACUAAUUAAAAGAAAUCAAUACAAGCUUUAAUAUAACCGAAACGGUGUUUGGUGAAUGGGACAGACAUUUAAUGAAAUAAUUAGCGUGCAGACAAACACGAAUAUAUAUAUAUAUAUACAUAUAUAUAUAUAUAUAUAUAUAUAAACUUGGACAAUGCUCUUAACAUAAAUCAACUAACAAUGGUUGAAGUACGGUCAAGCGGACAAUCUACCACUGUUGUUUUACAGCAGCCUCUGUCAGUAUUGAAACCUCAACAAGGAUAUUUCCUAACGAGAGGAUGGAGUUCUGGAAUUUGUAGCUGUUUCGAUGAUUGUGAAUCAUGUCUUUGUGCAGGAUUUUGUUAUCCAUGUUAUCUUUGUCAUAUGUAUAGCAUUUCAAAUGAGGCCUGUUGGCUUCCUUUAUUUGGAGUUGGUGUUCUUCCUCUACGUAUUAAACAUCGAAUCAAACACAACAUAGAUGGCUCAUUACUUGAUGAUCAUUUUAUUACAUGUUGUUGUCCUCAACUUGUUUUAUGCCAGUUGAGGCGAGAUAUGAGAUAUAUGGAAUCUUAAUAAAUUUUAAUUAUGAUAAAUAUAAUCAAUCGGAAAAUGGAAUAUUUCAAUCUUCUUUCGAAGAAUGUUGUUUUUUGAUUACAUGAGCGUUCUGUAACAUAAACUACUUUCAUGUUAAAAAGGAAUAAUUAUAGUGUGCAUACAUGAUUAAGAGUUGUUGAUAAAGAAUAAAAAAUCUUUGGUAAAAUAAUUAUUUGACUUGUGUGUUUUCACUGAGCACGGUGGUUUCCCUUUUAGUAAAUAUGGAAUCUAUGUAGAAUAUUCUUUUCCUUAUAGUGUACCAUGUGUGUGUUCAUUAUUCCUAACAGUUAUCGAGAGCUUCUCUGAAAUGUCUUAAAAAGAUGAGAGAAGUCUGAAGAUACUUUUUCCAUUCAGCGCUCAGUAAAGCGAUACAACAGGGUUCUAUAAAAGAGACAGAUUAUUCGUCAUUUCCUGAUAGGUUAACUAGCAAUUUUCCUACUAAUUUGAGUUUGUUUUCUAAGUAGUACGGUCACACAUAAACCCAUUAAUAUCAUUAUUUCUGUUCAUAAACUAGUUUUGUAAGUUGGGUUUAUUUCGAUUCAUUCAUCAAGACUUUUCACUUAGACGCUAG